AUGAGGUGGACGACGAUAAGUACCGUGGCCGCUGCGCUCGGAUGUGUGGAUGCCGUGAGCUUCCCCAGAUCGAAGGCUGGGAAGGGCUAUCUCUCCAUGCACGUGGGGACUGUUGAGAGAUCAGGGAAGAAGCAGCAGAAGCACAGCAAGCGUCAGGACGGUGAUGGCGAGGCGAUAGCUGUGCGACUUCAGAACAAGGACUUUUUCUACGCCACAGAUCUUGAAUUCGGUUCUCCUCCGCAGAAAGUCACCGUCCUUCUCGAUACCGGCUCCAACGAACUCUGGGUCAACCCCGAUUGCAACGAAGCUCAAACCGAUCGACAAUACGACCAGUGUCUCGACUUUGGCCAGUACAAUCCCGACAAGUCAGACACGCCACCCAUCGGACCCUUCGGCAGCGAGACGCUCAACUAUGGCGACGCAUCAGACUCGUCCACGCAUACUUCUGCCACGAUCGAAUACUUCGCAGAUUCCUUGACCUUUGGAGACUCGCAGUUGGAGAACCAGACGUUUGGUGUUUUGGUAGAGAGCAACGGUAUCUCGCAGGGUAUACUGGGCCUUGCGCCUGAUCUGCGGGCUGGAUUUGAUGGCGAGGAGCCUUACAGCUUGUUGCUUACUUCCAUGGCUGAUCAGGGCCUCAUCAACAGUCGUGUAUUUGCGCUGGAUCUGCGACACUCGGAUGAUACUGAGGGUGCGCUUAUCUACGGUGGUGUCGACCGCAGCAAAUUCAUCGGCAAACUCGAGACUGUCCCGAUUGUUCGUGGUGAGGGUGGCGAGUACCGUCUCGCUGUAAACCUAAAGAGUCUCGGCGUGACCGUCAACGGCAAAACCACGAAUAUCCGCGUCUCAAGUGACGACGAAAAUGUCAUGCUCGACUCUGGAACAACGCUGUCGCGUAUGCACAUGUCCGUCGCCGGCCCGAUCCUGGAUCAACUCGGCGCCAAGAAUGACGGUGAGGGCUUUUACACGACCAGUUGCGAUAACCGCGAUGUCGACGCUACCGUUGAUUUUGGCUUCGGCAACAAGGUCAUCAAAGUCGCCCUCAGCGAUUUCAUUCUGGAGCUCGGUCCUGGCUCGUGUUAUAUCGGUCUCGUUCCUACCACCGACCAACAGAUUCUUGGCGAUUCUUUCCUCCGUGCUGGAUACUUUGUCUUUGACUGGGAUAACAAGGAGGUUCAUCUCGCCCAGGCUGCCGACUGCGGAGAUGAGGAUAUUGCCACUGUUGGAUCUGGCUCCAACGCUGUGCCCAGUGACACGGGCAAGUGCAAGAAUGCUGACAUUACAGCCACUGGACGUGCGGCUGCGACUCCCACAGGCGAUUCAUUCCCCAACUCGGCCUACACCACCACUUACACCAUCACCUCGUGUCCAGACUUUGAGCGCGACUGCGCAACAGGCCUUGUGACGACCCAGACCUUCAGCGCACGCCCAACUGUUACGGUCACAGCGGGAGCGGGUGGUAAUGACGGCGAUGACGAUGAUAACGCUGCGUGGCAGCCUACGCCUCUGAGCUGGGUGUUUGCCGUGGUGGGUGGUUUCGCCAUCGGCUUGAAUAUGCUGUAG